AAUUCUGGAAUUCAAAGUCGAAUCGUCAAAGCUGCUUCAAGGAUAAUGAACUGUUUCUAUCAUAUCAAGGAAAAGGUUAGAAAUAGGGCACAGAAAUCCGCACCUGUUUUGAAGAACCAGAGCAGAUCCGAACUAUCAUCUGAGCCGGAGAGAACAGCCAAAUCCUCUGGUUCAACAAACGAGCCUCGGAGGAUACCAGAAAUCUAUCAAGAGAAAGCUCAAAACCUUAGGGUAUUUUCAUUCGCCGAGCUCAAGCAAGCGACAAGUAAUUUCAGCAAAUUGCUCAAAAUCGGCGAAGGCGGUUUCGGAAUCGUGUACAAAGGAAACAUUAAGCCUGUCGACGGAAACGGCGAAUCUCAAGUAGUCGCCAUCAAAAAGCUCAACAAGGAUGGAUAUCAGGGCCACAAACAAUGGGUUGCAGAGGUGCAGUUUCUAGGCGUUGUGGAGCAUCCAAAUCUCGUGAAGCUCAUAGGAUACUGCGCUGUGGAUGGCGAGCGGGGAAUACAGAGGCUGCUAGUGUACGAAUACAUGAAGAACAAAAGCCUCGAAGAUCAUCUCUUCAACAAGGCAAUUCCAGCCCUGUCCUGGGAGCUAAGGCUCCAAAUAAUCCUCAGAGCAGCUAGAGGAUUAGCUUAUCUGCACGAAGAAUCAGAAAUUCAGGUUAUAUACCGCGAUUUCAAGUCAUCGAACGUGCUUCUGGAUGAGGACUUCAUGCCGAAGCUUUCAGACUUCGGUCUUGCCCGAGAAGGUCCUUCUGCCGGCAACACACAUGUUUCUACUGCGGUGGUCGGAACAUAUGGAUACGCAGCCCCCGAUUACAUAGAGACAGGGCGUCUCACCUCUAAGAGCGACGUCUGGAGCUUCGGCGUCGUGCUGUACGAAAUCCUGACAGGCAGAAAAUCGUUGGAGAGAGAUCGUCCGAGAUCAGAACAGAAACUUUGGGAAUGGGUGAAACUCUAUCCAGCAGACAGUAAGAAAUUCGGCAUGAUAAUGGACUCGAGGCUUGAAAAUCAGUACUCGCUCAGCGCAGCUCGUAGGAUCGCCAAACUUGCCGAUACCUGUUUGCUAAAGAGCGCAAAAGAUCGACCAAAGAUGAGCGAAGUAGUAGAAGCCCUGAAUCAAAUCGUCCAGGCUUCAAGCGCAGAAAGCCCACCUACAAAACAUCCAGAGAACACCGACGAUAACGACAAUCUGGAGAAAAAACACGAAAUGCAGGAAGGUAAUAUUGCCGAAUCAGCCAAACGGCGAAUGGAACAUUUAGCUAAAAUAAGUGAGAAUCUUGAUGGCGUCGAUGCAAGAAGAUUUAUGAUAAUGCAGAGGACCAGAGUGAUGUGAUCGAAAUUUUUACUCGCUCAUCCGGCUUCUUUAGCACUGCGGAUAUUGUAAAUCAGAUACAUCUUUUAGGAGCUUUUGAAUGUAACUUAGAGCGACUAAUGAAUUAGCAACUAGUCGGUUUCAGUUCAUA